AGGGGGGUCUUCAGAGAGGGGCAACUCAGAGGGAAAAUCUCACUGCGGGCUGCACCAAAGUUCUCAGUUUCUCAGAUCUCCGCCCCUCCUUGAAUGUUAUAUAGUGAAACCUGAAACAGGAGAAGGCCUCUCUUCUUGAAACUGUCAUUGUACUACAUUAUGAAAGGGCACACAGAUGACAUGGAGAACAUGUCUAAGGUGGAGCCCUCCAAUGGGCACAGCAGGCCGCUGGACAUCGUGCCCAGUACAGAGGAGAAGAUGACAGACAGGGGUCAGUGGGGCAACAAGCUUGAGUUUGUUCUGUCAGUGGCCGGAGAAAUUAUUGGCCUGGGGAAUGUCUGGCGUUUCCCCUACCUUUGUUAUAAGAACGGAGGCGGUGCCUUCUUCAUCCCAUACCUCAUCUUCCUGUUUGCUUGUGGGAUCCCAGUCUUCUUUCUGGAGACAUCUCUGGGUCAGUACACCAGUGAGGGCGGUGUAACCUGCUGGAGGAAAAUCUGCCCUUUGUUUGAAGGAGUGGGUUACGCCACCCAGGUGAUUGUUGCUCUGCUUAACAUCUACUACAUCGUUGUGUUAGCCUGGGGCAUCUUCUACCUGUCCAACUCCUUCACCUGGGAUCUGCCCUGGGCCUCUUGCAACAACUCCUGGAACACAAAUUCCUGUAUGGCAUUUCAGAGGGGAAAUAGCUCCAUCAAUCACCAUGAGAACACCACCUCUCCUGUCAUUGAGUUCUGGGAGCGAAGAGUGCUGAGAAUUUCCUCAGGUAUUGAUCACAUUGGCUCUCUGAAUGGGGACCUGGUUCUCUGCCUGGCCAUUGCGUGGGUAAUUUGCUACUUCUGCAUCUGGAAAGGAGUCAAGUCUACUGGCAAGGUGGUUUACUUCACAGCCACCUUCCCCUAUGCAAUGCUACUGGUCCUGCUGAUAAGAGGGGUCACCCUGCCAGGCGCCUCCAGGGGAAUCCACUUCUACCUGUACCCUGACCUGGGACGGCUGUCUGACCCACAGGUAUGGAUGGAUGCUGGAACUCAGAUCUUCUUCUCCUAUGCUAUCUGCCUGGGUUGCCUCACCGCCCUUGGAAGCUACAACAAAUAUAACAACAACUGCUACAAGGAUUGCCUGUCCCUCUGUUUCCUGAACAGUGGUACCAGUUUUAUUGCAGGUUUUGCCAUCUUCUCUAUCCUGGGCUUUAUGUCUUACGAGCAGAACGUACCCAUUUCAGAAGUGGCUGAAUCUGGUCCAGGUUUGGCCUUCAUCGCCUAUCCUCGUGCUGUGUCCAUGAUGCCUUUCUCCCCUCUAUGGGCCUGCUGCUUCUUUAUUAUGAUUGUCUUUCUGGGACUGGACAGUCAAUUUGUGUGUGUGGAGAGCCUGGUGACAGCCAUGGUGGACAUGUAUCCCUCCACCUUCCGGCGUAAAAACCGCAGGGAGCUCUUCAUCCUGGCAGUGGCUAUUGUGUCCUUCCUCCUGGGGCUCAUCAUGCUGACAGAGGGAGGCAUGUAUGUCUUCCAGCUCUUUGACUACUAUGCAGCCAGUGGGAUGUGCCUGCUCUUCGUGGCUAUUUUUGAGACUGUUUGUAUUGCUUGGAUUUAUGGUGCCGACCGUUUCUAUGACAACAUAGAGGACAUGAUUGGCUAUCGGCCCAGCCCUGUCAUCAAAUACUGCUGGCUUUUCUUCACCCCUGCAACAUGCUUUGGAACCUUUGCUUUCGCCUUGAUCAAGUACUCACCUCUUAAGUACAACAAUGAAUAUGUAUACCCAUGGUGGGGCAAUGGCAUAGGCUGGAUCCUGGCCCUUUCCUCCAUGCUGUGCAUCCCUCUCUGGGUAGCAGUGAAACUGUACUACACCCCUGGAACACUGAGAGAGCGCCUUGUUAUCUUGACCACUCCUUCCACUGAGUUACCGAAGACAAAGCAGGAACAGGAGAAGCUGCUGGCCAUCUUUGCAGCAGACGGCGACAGCCUCCAUCAGAAAUCACCUCCCACUAAGGACGGCUACUUCCCUGUUGAUGAAAAGGAGUCUCAUUGCUAGAGACUUGAGGGUUGGAAUCAGUGCCUUGCAGGGGUCAAAGGUCACUCCUCAGCUUUGACACUCUUUCUGGCCCCAUCCAACUCUCUCUGCAAUACCUCACCAGAGAAAGUGGAGAAACAGGCACAGUGCAGACUUUAAGAGUCACCUGACCUGUAACUGCUGAUCUGCUGCUGGAGCUUUCUCCUUUGUACAUUGCCUUCAACAUACAGUAUGAUGGCAUCAGCAAUCUUACUUAAAGAGUUACAUCCUUUUUUUGGAGAGUUGGUUACCAUCUCAUUUGCCAGUGGCAGAGUCACAUGUACAUUUAAAAAAAUGUGGCCAUUGUUGUUAAACAGUGGCUGAGAAUUUACAUUUGAUCGUGUCUGCUUUCUAAGGAAGCAUUUUUUUCUGUUAUGGACAUCUCUAAUGUUCAGUUAGUCUGACAUGACAUUCCAGUUACUUUAUUGAUUCUAACAUCUGCUGCGAAUGGAGCACAAGAGGUGUCACAUGAGUGCACACAUCAUAACAUUUCACUUGAAUAAAAGCUACAGUUUGUGUAUUUAAAAGCACUUCUGUAAUGCAUACAGUAUUGUGUAUUUUAUCCAUCAGUCCAAUCAUGGUGACAGAUCUGUUUUUACUGUAUGGUGUGGAUGUAGAGAGUUAUCAUCUCAGGAUGUGAGGUUUAUUAAUAAAAAAAAGCAUCCUACAAAAGCAUACUAAUAACCAAUGCUUGAGAAUGCAAGAAUUGGAUUUCAGAUUUAGCUGAACUGACCACAAUUCAACUCAAUUAAGCUUUGUUGUUGUCUAACAAUUGUUAUUAUGUUCAUUUGUUCAAUUCGUUUUUAUUUCUCUUGCUUUACUGAACAUUGCAGAGUUGCAUGAAUAUGCUUUUUCUCUCUCAAUCUUCUGAGUAUUGACAUGAUUUUUAUUUAGUCAGUUUCGCCUUAUCUCUAAUGCAUUGAAUGGUAUGAAAUUAAAAUGAAGGAGACAGUUAUGCCACUUAGAUAUUAUGAACAGGCUGAUUGAAGUGUUUCAUUUCAAAAUGAAUAUCUCUCUCGUCAUCUCUUUUUCUGCUGUAUAAUAAUGAAUUUCAGCCUGUGUUUCUUUAGAUGUUGGAAUGAACAUAUGAUCAUUGAUUACUGAUAAGGAACACUUUUCCAUAUAUAACUUUUAUAUGCUAAAAUUAUUUUUUAUGACUGAAUAAAAAUAGCUUCAUUUGUAACAAA